UAUGGCCUUGCUUGGUUUUUGGAAGCACUCAGUUUGGCAAUUGGUCAGGCCAACUCCUUUAGUAACAUUUGUUUCAUAUAACUUAAGUCUGGGGUAUUGUUGGUUGGCGACGAAGAAUGCUGUGAAACCACCUGCGUCACUUUGUUCACCCAGUAAGGCAGUUGGAAAAAGACCACUGGCCAAACAAGUGUCAGUCCUAAAUCCGCAUGUCUCUUAGCUUCAUUAGGCUACUUAUCUUAACUCAUAAGGUUUCCAUCUUCGGUGUAAGUCUAAGUCUAAGUUUAAGUACAAAACAAAUUCUUCCCAUUAUUAUAUUAAACAAAU